CCACCGUACAGGAUCCAGAGAGAGAAGAGUGAAAAGCGCACCCACACGGCCGAAUCCAUCCCGUUGUCUCUGCGUCCUGACGGAGUGGAACCCAUUCACCGAUAUUAUAUGUACAAGCCCUAAUUCACUGCCAAGAAGAAGAAGAAAGAGAUUCUCAAUCCGAGGUCGCGUUUCCGGUGAUCAAGCCUCCGUGUUCCGCUAUUGCCUAUGAUCUUUAGGGUUCAAGAAAUUGUCCGGAACGCGUGUACGAUUGAGGAAGCGCGGGGGAAUUGAGUAACUUGUGAGCGCUGAUAAAUUAUAUUCAGGAGUUUCUGGUGAUCAAGAAUUGUUCGUGAUCGUCGGAAACAGUAUAAAUGUGAAAAAGUUUUGAUACAGAUGGAGAAGAACGUUCGUUCACUAUAGAGAGAAGCAUUAGCUUUCCAAUUGAGCUUCUAGAUUAUUUGCUGUGGCAUUACAGGAGAAUCACCGACAUUUUCUGAUCAAUCAUCUCUUUGCUUUCGAACCUUGAAAAAUGUCUAGUGGAGCUGCCCGAAGGGUCUCACGGCAAGAUAUACAACUGGUGCAAAAUCUUAUAGAACGAUGUCUUCAGCUGUACAUGAACCAGAAAGAAGUUGUGGAGACUCUCUUGGAUCAGGCAAAAAUAGAGCCUGAUUUUACUGAACUUGUUUGGCAAAAGCUUGUAGAAGAGAAUCAAGACUUUUUUGAGGCUUAUCAUUUGAGAUUAAUGGUGAAGCAUCAAAUCAACGUUUUCAACGAGUUGCUUAAACAACAGGUGGAUCUUAUGCAUCGCAUUUGCCCUGCUAGAGUUGAUACAGUACCUAUUCCCAAUGGAUCUCAGCUCUCAGCAUUACAACAGAACUCAGCAUGCUAUCCCUCAGAGCAUGUGGGACCAUCUAUGAAGCCAUCGAGCAUGCACCGUCAUAUUAGUUCCGGCUUGUCUAAUGCUUUUACCAAUGGUGGGUCAUCACUGCAAACCAGUAUGCACACAGCUGUGGAUAUGUCUGCCAAUACCUGUAGAAUUGAUGCCCCACAGGACAUGCUUUCUACUCGGAGCCCAAACCUGGGUUUAAUGCAAGGAAUGAAUGGAGGGAUGAUCAAACCAGAAGCUGGUUAUUCAGGCAGUUCCCCAUUCAUGUUUGGUGCUGAUAACACUGCCCUGGAAAAACGAGUAGCCAUUGGAGAUGCAUCAGUUACACCUUUCUCAAGUGUAGUGUCAAACUCCCAAACCUUGGGCGAGCCUCUUCUGGACUCUGACACUUCUACAUAUGGAUUUUUGGGGCAGAUUCCUCAAAGUUUCAGCCUCUCUGAUUUGACAGCUGGAUUUUCUCAGAGCUCUGAUAUACUAGAAAGCUAUCCUAGAUCACCCUUCCUAACAACAGAUACAGACAACUUCAUGGAUUCUCGUGGAAGGGGAGAAAACCAAGAAUUGCAGGAGACAGUAAAAGAUUGGACACCAUAUCAGAAGGGUUAAGCUAUGAAGACUUUCCCAGUGACUGAUUAAAUAAAUCCCAACUGUCAGCUGCAUUGCUAGGAUUAAAGUGUGUAAAUAGCAUUUUAGAGAUGGGGGGUCAUCAAAUUUUAAACUCCUUGGACGGUAUAGAUUGGUGUGUAAAGAGGUUCACUGACAUCGCUUUGUAAUGGUGAGAUGAAAUGAGGAAAGCUUCUGAAAAAAAGGUUCAAACAAUCCAACAGAAAGGUGUUUUGGAUGGUGGAUAUGGUCUUGCUUUUAUGACAAGGUCGGUGUAGAAAUAAUGGUGCAAUGAUACUGUGGCAUGCUGAUGUUGAUAGGCAUGGUAGAAUAUUUGAAUUCUGCUUUUCAUUUAGAAUGGUGUGAUUUGUUAGAAACACCUUCAUUAUCAGUGAAGGGAUUGGAAUUUCUUAUAUGUGAUUUUAUGUUAGCUAUAUUGACAUCUUAUAUUUUGGUAUUUGUUAAGUCAGCCAUGGUUGAUUCUUUGAUCA